AUGUCAGAAAAGCGAAACCAUAACAAACAGAGCAUGCAAAAGGAGGACCUGGAGAAGUGCCCGGCAACAACCGCACCAGGUUCUGAACCCGCCAGCGAAGCUCUGAAGCCUGGACAAGCCAAGCUCCGUGAGUGGCUAGCUGACACGCAGAAGGUCAUCGUUUGCCCGGGUAUCUACGAUGGGCUCACUGCACGAGUUGCUUUAGCCCAAGGCUUUAAAUGUCUCCAUCUGCGUUCUGCUGCAGUCCGCUUUGCCCGGUCUGGGCUCCCUGAUUCAGGUGAAUCUUCUCUGGAGUUUGUGAUGGAUCUUAUUCAGACAGUUCAAAAGAUUGAUAGAGAUGUGCCCUUGAUUGGGGAGGCGGAUGAGUCUUUGGACGUCGAAGCAGUCAAGGUACAUCUGGCCCGGUACCAUCAUGCUGGGGUAGCAGCUAUGCAACUUGAGGACAGCAUCUCCGGUCAGUGCUCGAAGAAAUAUCGAAAAGGCAACGCUAUUGAUGAGGACACGUUUCUCGAACGUCUUCAAGCUGCGGCCGACGAGCGCCUCCGAAUUAGCUCUAACAUUGUGAUCAUUGCGAGAACCAACAUACUCUUGUCCUGUACUUGCCAAGUCUGUUGGGAACGAGCUCUUACACGACUCGAGCGGGCUAUCCGGAAAGGCGCAGACGUGGUUUAUAUGGCUGGCAGAAUGCCUCUCCAGGACGUCGAGUACCUAGCUCGCCAAGCCUUCAAAGGCGUUCCGCUGAUGAGCACGCCCCAACAAGCAGCAAAACACAAGGUGAAGAGUUUGGGAGUGAAGAUCAUCUCGUGUCCUGAGCUCUUUACUGGUGCCAUUCAUGAUUGUGCAGCUCACUUAGUGCAAGGCUUUGGGAAAGGUAGCCCGGUCCCGGAAAUAUUCCACUUGGAUGAUCCAACGAAAUUGGGCGGCUUGCGAGCUUUGUGCGGGCUCUGA